UUUCCCCUAUCAUUUUGAGACUGAGAAGAUCGUCGAAGUAUAAAAAGAACGGGUGUAAAUAUCAUAUCAUUUCUAUAGAGAGGGAGAGAGAGAGGGAUGGCCACAUCACCAUCACCAUCGUCGACAGCCGUCGGAGGGGGCGGGAAUGCCAAGAUAGUGUGGAACGAGAGCCAGAAUCGGUUCGAGACGGAGGACAAGAAGGCUUUCUUAGAGUACGAGGUGAGGAAUGGAGGGAAGGUGAUGGAUAUCCUCCACACGUUCGUGCCGUCUAGCAAGAGGGGCCAAGGUCUCGCCUCCCAUCUCUGCAUCUCCGCCUUAAAUCAUGCCAAGGCCCACUCCAUGUCCGUCAUCCCUACCUGUUCUUACGUCUCUGACACGUUUCUUCCUCGGAAUCCAUCAUGGAAUUCACUCGUGUAUGCUGAGGAUCUGAAAUCUUCCAUAUGACAUUUGUGUAUUGCUUUCUGCUUUGAUCAGAUCCUCACUGUGAAGUUAUCUUCGUCGUCGGUUUGUGGCUCCGUGAUUGGUGUUAUAUGGUUUGUAUUUUUGGAAAGAUAAUCACUCACCUUUCUUCUGCUAGACAAGGUAUAGAUCAUCUCCUUGGGCUUUUUUGACGCACCCUCUAUGAUUCCUACACUAGCCACAGUUGUGGCAAUGGACCGUGCUGAAUCUCUCUCUUCCUUCUUUCCUUCAAAUCAACUUGGUAUCAGAGCGCUCUCACAAGUCGUGGUAGCAAGAAUUGGGUGAUUUCUUUUUGCCUUCUUCCUACCAUUUGUUUGUCAUAUGCCUCCAUUCGCUAUUCAAAUGGUUGUUAGAUUGUUAAAAGAACAGAAAUUCUAGUAUUAUUAUUAAUUAGCUCGCGGAAUGGGGAAUGCAUAACAGCAUCAUUAUUAGUUUCUCUUCGAAACGUGAUCAUGUACAAAACCCGAUUCCAAUGACCAUUGAAAUAAGCUGUUUUCUCA